UAACUUAACAAAUAAAAUAAAAAAAACACAGGGAAAAUGGGAAGCGGAUGCCGAGGAGCGUUGCUCUGCAAAUCCUCUUCACUUACCUUUCUAAUACCUUCUUUUUUCACUUCGUCUUAUCUCAGAUUCAACAAAUCAAUCACCAACUCCAACUCUUGUCGGAUGGCCACCGAGGAUUCGUCGUCGUCUUCGGCGGCUUUCGUCGCUGGCGGUGACACUAUUAGUUCCUCUGCAAAUGAAGGCGCGGCUCAUUCUGCUGCGUCUGCUUCAUCCGCUAUCGACUUCCUCUCUCUCUGCCACAGCCUCAAGAAAACGAAAAGAACUGGAUGGAUUCGAAGAGAUGUUGAGAAUCCGGAAUCUAUAGCCGAUCAUAUGUACAGAAUGGGAUUGAUGGGUCUGAUAAUGGCUGAUAUUCCUGGUGUUGACCGAGACAAGUGCAUUAAGAUGGCAAUAGUUCACGACAUUGCUGAAGCAAUUGUUGGCGACAUUACCCCUUUGGAUGGGAUCUCAAAGGCAGAGAAGAGUCGACAAGAACGAGAAGCUUUAGACCACAUGUGCAAACUACUUGGUGGAGAGGCAAGAGCUAAGGAAAUAGCUGAAUUGUGGAUGGAGUAUGAGGAAAAUUCUUCAGCAGAAGCCAAAAUUGUUAAGGACUUUGACAAGGUGGAGAUGAUACUUCAAGCUUUAGAAUAUGAAAAUGAACAAGGGAAGGAUUUGGAUGAGUUUUUCCAGUCAACUGCUGGAAAGUUUCAGACUGAUCUCGGGAAAGCUUGGGCCAAAGAAAUUGCAUCGAGGAGGAAAAAAUCUUACUAAUUUGACGACUUAACUAAGCAAGAAAAUGUUCUUGUUACUGGCCUGCCCUGAUUCCUGACACUGUUAUUUUUCUCAUAUAUAGGCAAAAAUAAUAACUUUGUCUCAACCCAGAAUUUCGCCAAAGUAUGCUUAUGGGAAUCUCUCUCGGUUUCAUUUUC